AUGGGGUAUCGGAGCGAACGGGGAACGCGCAGCUCCGAGUUCCCUGCGCUGGAUAACCAGCAGAGCCGGCUCGGGAAGCGAACAGGGAGAACCCUGCGAGACCUCACCCGUGCCCAGGAAAGGGAAAGCAAAAAGGAUAUCAUAGUUCACUUAUUUUAUUCUCCUAGUGAAACUGAAAAGGUUACUUUAUACAGAAAAUAUGUCAAGCUGGAAUGCCCUGCAGCCUCCUGUAGAAUUAAGCUGCUCUCCAUUGGUGAGAAACAAAGAGUACUCAUCAGUAAAAUAAUAGUAGAAGUGAAAAGAGCAUCUGCAAAACUAGCAACUGAUUUUCCUUCACUAGGAUCAAGCAUAGAUCUAAACAGAGUGCAAACUAUAAUGGAGUCCAUGGGGUCAAAGUUGUCUCCAGGUGCUCAGCAACUCAUGGAUAUGGUCCGAUUUCAGCAGAAAAAUACUUUACCUCUUGGAGACAAACUUAACUGGAUCUUUGAGAAAAAAUCUCACUAUGAAGAUGAACAUCCAGUAGAUGGAUUGCAUGGUGCAGCUGUUCAGACAUCACUAGAUCUACCAUCCACUGAACCUUUGCCUGAUACAAAUUGUUCCUCAAGUGAAACAGUAUGUGAAGACUUAAAAACAAAUCUCAAUCAAAACACAGAGACACCUGAAAGAGAGAACAGUUCUGAUUCUGAAAGAGUUGCUACUCAGCAAAAUGUGCUGGACCCCAGAAAUGAUUUUAAAAUAAUGAGAUCUUUGCUUAUGCAAGAGCAAGCAAGUGAAAAUCCAAAUAUAACAAAUCCAAAAGAACUUCUUCCUUUUCUUCAAAAUUUAUGUCGUCAGGUAAAUCAUCUUCGGCUAAAAGAUGGAAAUAGGCGUUUUGAGAAAAGCACUGCGACUAAGGAAGAAGGCAUUCAGUGUGUUGGAGUGGAACAACAACCUAUUUGUUCCUAUUUGGAAAAGAUCAUCUCAAAAAAUAUGGAUCUGAUGGAGAAAAAACUAAUGGACUAUAUUGAUUGCCGAAUCCAGGCUCUUCAGACACAUAUAGAUAAUAAAAUGGUUCUGUUAAUGGACUUAGUACAGAACUCAAAGUCAAACAAAAUUACACAAACACACUAUGACACGAGUGAAGGGUUCUCAAAUGGAGAGAGAUAG